UGCCUGAACAUAGAGUUCGUGAUGGACAAUCCGUGACGAGCACAGAAGUCCAACAACAGAACACCACUCGAGUUCAGAAAGAUCACAUCAUUGUCUCAAUGAUUCCAAUCUAAAAACUAAAGAUAGCAGUCUUUGGAGAAAUGCAUUUUUGCUCACUUCCAUCUUUUUAUGAGUGACAGUAAGACCAUAUGUACAACAACAUCACCCAUGACUGAGUAAGAGACUUUUUUGCAUAAUUUUGAUUCGCUGUGGCAGCCAUCUUGAAUCGGAUACAUUCCAAAAGUUAAUUGGUUGUAGGUGUACAUCCUGGGGUCACUUUGUGAUUAUUGUGUAACUUUUAUUUUCAGCUUCAGAGGAGGACUAGACGUGUGUCACGGCCAGACAGGAAGUGAAGCGGUCUUCACUUCCUUUCGUGGAAGAGAAGUCAUGUUCCACGUUGUAACUAAGCUGCCUUACACUGAGGGUGAUGCGCAGCAGUUACAAAGAAAGCGACACAUUGGGAAUGACAUUGUAGCCUUGGUGUACCAGGAGGGCCAAACUCCCUUUCUAUGUGACCUCAUCAAGUCUCACUUCCUGCACUGUUUUCUGGUGGUGCGGAGGGUUCAGAGGGACGAGGGGGCAGGUGGGGUGGCCUAUAAGGUUUCAGUUUCAGCCAGAGAAGAUGUUCCUCCUUUUGGUCCGGUCAUUCCAGAUCCUCCCAUCUUUACAGAUCGUUCACAACUGAGAGAAUUCCUUCUCACCAAGAUGAUCAAUGCAGAGAUUUCCUGCUAUAAGGCUGAGCAAUUUAACAGACUGGAGCUGCGUACUCGCUCAUCACUCCUGGAGAGUUUGAGAAAUGAACUCUUCACGCGCUCCCAGUGCAUGAUGGGAGAUCCAUCACUCGCUGCUGUCCCUACCUUGGAGGGUGUGCGGGCUGCACCUGAAGGAAGUGGAGGAUUUAUUGAAAAUUUUAAGAGAGCCAUAAGAGUACGAAGCCAUUCGUUUGAGAACCUGGGUGUACCCAGAAAGAUCUCUGGCAACAUGUCACACAAGCCUAAGACAGAGAAAGAGGGAGAGAGUGACAAAUCUUCAGGACUUCCACCUGACAGCUCAACAACAUCUGACCUCAAAGAUCAAGCGAGUCCUCAAGAGGAGACAUAAAGAAAAUUGUGACUUAAAGAUUUCAGACAUUCAAUUAUAGAUUAGCCUCUACAAUCUGAGUUGCAGUGGAUCAAAUAUUUGUACAUAUAGUGUAAAAGUAAAUAGGUUUUCAGAAAAAUGUAAUUAUUUUGCAAACAUAGAAGAGAUAUUUUAGCAUACAGAGAACAUUUGAAUUGUAUUAGACUGAUAACUUGAUGCAACAACUAACAAGAAAGAUUAGGGAAUGUAAACAGUUUAUAUUCAGUUUUGCUUUAGAGAUUAAGUUAGAUUCAGGCAAAAAAAAAUCUUAAAAAAGGAAGAUUUUUGUUUUAGGGUUUAAUUAUUAAAUCAUGACAUAAUAAAGGAGUUUGGCGAUUUGGAAAACA